CGGGGCAGCGCAGCCAAUCAGUGUAUCGCAGGGGCGGCCUCCCUGCGCAGCCUCGGGCCGUGAGGCCAUUGCUAGCAAAAGGGGUAUCCUGCCGACCAGGGCUGCGGCUCACAGGCGUGGGAGCCAGCGCGGUGUCAAGUGCAGCUUGGACGCACCGACCGGGCCGAUUUGCAUUUCACCCUUUCUUCUGCCUGCACCCAGUUGUCUCCAGCAUGGGGGAACAGAACCACUCUCCCGGGAAGGAGCUUCAGCACUGGAUGCGAGCAGAGGCACCUGGGAAGAAAAUCUGGCACUCUCAGGCCUACGCCCUUGGGGCCAUUUCCAAUUUUAUGUCUACUUUUCUCACCUUUCCUAUCUAUAAGGUUGUGUUCCGACAACAGAUCCAUGCUGUGGCGGUGUCAGAGGCUCUGCGACAGCUUUGGCAUGAAGGUCCUCAAUACUUCUACAGGGGAAUCUACCCACCUCUUCUCUCCAAGACAUUGCAAGGGACUCUACUGUUUGGGACUUAUGAUAGCCUGCUCUUCUCUCUCUCCCCUGAUGGGCCACACUCCCUAGGACACCGUUGGGCUGCAGGGCUCAUGUCUGGUGUGGUGGAGGCUGUGGCACUCAGCCCCUUUGAAAGGGUGCAAAAUGUGCUCCAGGAUGGUCGCAAGCAAGCUCGUUUCCCUAGCACCUUCAGCAUUCUCAAGGAAUUCAACUCUUAUGGGCUUUGGGGGCGGAUGUCACUGGGCUAUUAUCGUGGUUUCUGGCCUGUCCUUCUCAGGAACAGCCUGGGGAGUGCUCUGUAUUUCUCCUUCAAGGACCCCAUCCAGGAUGGCUUGGCAGAGCAAGGCCUGCCCCAUUGGGUUCCCGCCUUGGUAUCUGGGAGUGUCAAUGGAACAAUCACCUGCCUAAUUCUUUAUCCUCUGAUUGUGCUAGUUGCCAAUAUGCAGUCCCAUAUUGGCUGGCAGAGCAUGCCCAGCCUAUGGGCCUCUGCCCAAGAUGUGUGGGACACUCGGGGCCGAAAGGUGUUCCUGAUCUACCGUGGAGGCUCCCUGGUCAUCCUACGAUCCAGUGUGACAUGGGGCCUCACUACUGCUAUCCAUGACUUCCUGCAGAGGAGGUCUCAUUCCAGGAAAGAGCUGAAAGACUGACUAGCUGCAGGAAGUGUGGCCAUGGCACCUUUGUUAUUCUAAGCCUUCCCAGGUUGGUCUAAAUAGCUUACUUCUACAGCUUGGUUACCUAAUACAAUCAUUCUUUAACGUCUUUGAACUGUCAGUGCACUAGAGAAGUUCCCAACUACCAGCCUAUUGGGCACAGACAAAGCCUUCCUUGAUCAGAAAAAGAGUUACUCCUAUCUAACCACAGCUUCAACAGCCUUAGACCCAGGAGACUUUUAAAUAACUUUUAACUUAGAUGAAAUGUCAUUCCUUUAAGACAUUCUUUGACAAUAGAGGAAACUCUAAAAGGAUUUUAAUUUGGUACUAUAAGUUCUGGGACCCCUCCAAUUUUUCUCUGGACCAAACUGAGUAGAAGAUCAGAAACUCCAAUAUCAAAGAACUAAGCUUGACUCUUAGUAUAGAGAUUCCAUAGAACUUCUCAGAUGGCUAUGUUUUCAUGACAUUUCAUGACUAUCCCUACUACCACUACUCUCACUUUUCAAGACUGUGAGUCCUAACUUCAAGGUGGUGGUUGUGGCUGGAAAUCUUAAAUUAGGUAGGGCUGGAGGUAGGAGUGGGGAGAGGUAUGGUCCCUGGAUGGAUGGAAAAAAAAAACACUUUGAAGGAAGAGAUUUAGUUGCAUGCAAAAUAGAAAAAAAAUUACUAUAGAUUGCUUGGGGUUAUCUGCUGGGACAUUUUUGAUAGCAAGGGAAUGACAUUGCCUAGAAACCACUUGAGUUUCCCUAAGAAAUCUAGAAGUGAAGUGAUCACAUUUUUUCACAAAUCAUUGCAUAUUUUAUCACUGUGGAUAAAUAUAGUUACUAUGACAUAAAGAUCAGAAGUCUUAGCCAUUCAAAAUAUGGUCCUCAACGUAACUUUCAGCAUUUCAUCACACCACUCUCACUUAUAUAGAUUUCAUACAUCAGCCAAACUGGACUAUUGUUCUCUCCCCAGACAUGCCUCAAACUUUCCCACAGCCGUGCUUUGGCCCACACUAGUCUCCAUCUGUAGUGCCCUUCACAUGCCAGUCUGCCAAAAUCCUUCGAAAACCUCAAAGCCCAGCUCAGAUGCCACCUUCUCUGUGGAGCCUCUCCUGAUUUCCCACAACUGAAUGUAAUGGUAGUCUCUUGUGAUACCCCUCUCGAAUAACACUUCAUGUAUGCCGCUGAUUCCAUUAUUUCACUGAUCUCAUGUGGCCUUGUGUUCUUGGUAUUCUUCAAUACCUCCUACUAGACUGUAAAACUCCUUGAAAGCAGGGAUUCUUGUACACAUUUUAGAUCUUUCAUUGUGCCUAGGUGCUCAAUAAUGUUGGCUGAAUUGUUGAAUUUAAUAUCAAGCUGUGAUAUGGUCUUUAUCCUCAGGGUACUGUCCCUUGUACAUGAAGAUAAUGUUACUGACCCAUCCCAACCAUGGCAAAACACACGCCUUUGGGGUGUGAUUUUGUUUCCUUUUAUUAGUGGAUUAGUUUUGUGCUAAUGAUAAAGAUACUGCUGAUGAUAAUAAUAAUAAUAAAAAGUGACUUUCAACUGGAA